AUGUCUUUGUUUAGAACCCUCUCUAAACGUUACUUCUCCACCACGAAACCACUUCACCACUUCCCCUCUCUCACUCUUCUCUCUCGUUUCUCCUCAACCACCGAUUCCACCGCUCCGGUUCGUUAUGCGGCUCUCGGACCUACCAAGCCACACGAGAAGCCACGCGUGGUGGUUCUCGGGACCGGUUGGGCCGGGUGUAGAUUCAUGAAAGGCUUGGAUUCUCGAAUCUAUGAUAUCGUUUGUGUUUCACCUCGUAAUCAUAUGGUUUUCACCCCUCUUUUAGCUUCCACUUGUGUUGGAACUCUUGAGUUUAGAUCUGUUGCUGAACCUAUUGCGAGAAUUCAACCUGCUAUUUCUAAUGAACCGGGUUCUUUUUUCUUCCUUGCUAAUUGUACCGGCAUCAAUGCUGAUAAACAUGAGGUGCAAUGUGAGACUGUAACUGAAGGAACACAGACACUCGAACCUUGGAAGUUUACAGUAUCCUAUGAUAAGCUAGUAAUUGCAUUAGGAGCGCAACCAACCACUUUUGGAAUUCACGGAGUUCAUGAACAUGCAAUUUUUCUUCGUGAAGUUUACCAUGCACAGGAAAUUCGUCGGAAAUUGCUCCUGAAUUUGAUGAUGUCUGAGGUUCCAGGGAUUUCGGAAGAGGAAAAGAAAAGGCUGUUACACUGUGUGAUUGUGGGAGGUGGUCCCACUGGAGUUGAAUUUAGCGGUGAACUUAGUGACUUUAUUAUGAGAGAUGUUCGUCAGAGAUAUGCUCAUGUGAAGGACUAUAUCCAUGUUACUUUGAUUGAGGCCAAUGAGAUAUUGUCUUCCUUUGAUGUCCGACUCAGGCAAUAUGCCACCAACCAGUUGACAAAGUCAGGAGUUCGACUUGUUCGUGGCAUUGUGAAAGAUGUUGAAGAAAAGAAGAUUAUACUAAACGAUGGUACUGAGGUUCCAUACGGGCUGCUAGUAUGGUCUACUGGAGUUGGUCCAUCACCUAUUAUCCACUCAUUGGAUCUCCCUAAAUCUCCUGGUGGAAGGAUUGGCAUUGAUGAGUGGCUUCGUGUUCCUUCAGUACAAGAUAUCUUCUCAAUAGGUGACUGCUGUGGAUUUGUUGAAAGUACAGGAAAACCAACACUUCCUGCUCUAGCCCAAGUAGCAGAGAGGCAAGGUAAAUACUUGGCAGGCUUAUUAAACAAAGUAGGUAAAGUCAAUGGAGGCCACGCAAACAGCAUGAAAGACUUGGACUUAGGGGGUCAGUUUGUUUACAAGCACUUAGGAAGCAUGGCAACUGUUGGCAGUUACAAGGCUCUAGUAGACCUAAGACAGAACAAGGAGGCAAAAGGAUUGUCUCUGGCAGGUUUUACAAGUUGGAUUGUUUGGCGCUCGGCAUAUCUAACUCGUGUCAUUAGCUGGAGGAACAGAUUCUAUGUAGCUAUUAACUGGGCUACAACUUUUGUUUUCGGCCGUGAUAUAAGCAGAAUAUGA